CUUUUCGUAUUUCAUUUCUCAUUUGUCAUUUUUUAAAUUUAAGGUAUCUUUAAAAUCCAUGUAAUCCCUGUCUUGUUUUUUUUCUGUUCAGACGAGCGGCUCGUAUUUAGAAAAUAAGCAUGCCUAAAGGUAAAAGCAAGACUCCAAAAGAAGAGGUACAAAUUACCCUUGGCCCCCAGGUUGCUGAAGGGGAAGAUGUGUUCGGUGUUGCACAUAUUUUUGCUUCCUUUAACGAUACAUUCGUUCAUGUAACAGAUCUUUCUGGAAAAGAAACAAUUGUGCGUGUCACAGGAGGCAUGAAGGUGAAGGCAGAUCGUGAUGAGGCUUCUCCCUAUGCUGCAAUGUUGGCCGCACAAGAUGUUGCUGUAAGAUGUAAGGAAAUCGGUAUCACUGCCCUUCAUAUCAAACUCAGAGCAACCGGAGGAAACAGAACAAAAACUCCUGGACCUGGUGCCCAGUCUGCCUUAAGAGCCUUGGCUCGCUCUGGAAUGAAAAUUGGGCGAAUUGAGGAUGUAACGCCCAUACCCUCGGACAGUACUCGUCGUAAGGGUGGUCGUCGUGGGCGACGUCUGUAAAUCUAUAUUGAUAAUUCUUAAAUAAAGAGUUGCCAAGAAA